ACAAAAUUUCAAACAAAGCAGUUGAAGACUCUACCUAACCUACAGAAUCAUUUUCAUCAAGCAUUCGAAGAACUCAAACACAACAUGUUAGUGAUAGGAGUAUUGCUGGCGUUCCUAACGCUGGCUACUGUAAACUGUCGGCCAAACUUCGCCUACAAUCAGAGUGUUCCUUACACUAACUUGCAAUCUGACCUCGACAAUUUUAAUCCCCUAGAUUUCUUCAUGUCAUAUGAAGAAACCAAUCAAUGGUUGGCAGCAUUAGAAGCUAAAUAUCCAGACAAGUGCAAGGUACAAUCCAUUGGUAAUUCGUACUGGGGACUUGAUAUCAACGCCAUUUAUAUCAACACACAACAAAGCAAGAAAAUUUUCGUAGUCGCUAACCUAAAUGCGCGCGAGUGGGCUGCCAUGACAUCGGCCAUCUACAUCAUCCACGAGCUUGUUCGUAAUUCCAAUGGCUACCCAGACGCGGCCAACUAUCAAUGGAUCGUUAUUCCGAUAGCGAAUCCAGACGGUUACGACUAUACAACAACCACAAAUCGCUUCUGGCGCAAGAACCGUGCACCACAAACGGUAAUUGAUUUCGGAACUGACCUAAACCGUAACUUUGAUUAUAUGUGGGACCUGGUGAUAACCGACCAAGACGAUGACCUGCAAUCAGAAACCUACCGCGGUCCAACCGCGUUUUCGGAAUCGGAAAGUAAGGCGAUUGGCCAGUUUCUUCAGCAAAAUGCGAAUUCAAUCGUGCUCUACGUUGAUCUACAAGCUUUUGGAGAGUAUUUAAUGACUCCCUGGGGUUAUACGAGAAAUCCUGCACCAAAUGCUGACUUCCUUACGUCCGUAGCACAGGCCGGAUCCAAAGCUAUAACAGAUCCUACAAGAGUACCUCGCGAUGCGCCCUUUUAUUUGGUGGGAUCAGCAGCAGAGAUAAUGAAAGAGGCGUCUGGAUCUAGCAUCGACUACUGUCUUUCCGUUGGAGUAAAGGCUUGUAUCGCCAUGAAGUUGACAAGUCAAGGAUACGAAAUAUACACCUCGGCUAUACCUCUAUACGGCCAACAAGCCCUCGCUGCAGUGCAAGCAAUGGCAGUUAAAGCGGACGGAGGAUAAAAGCUCCAACUGAACAUGUCUAAUAGUUUUGAAAUAUGACCUCCUGCAAAUGUUUAUCCUAUUAAUAACUAAUAAAAGAUGCAUUACAAAAUACUAAAA